AAAAACUAUUUUCCAUAAAAAAAAAACACCAUCUAAAUUUUCUUUUUCGAUUUUAAUCCGAUUUUUAUAUAAUGAAUUUUUUGCAAAAUCAAAAUGACGAUGAAUGCUCCUCAUCAAAUAAAAAAAUACCAGGAGAAAUUACAGCGAAAUAUAAAAAUAUCAAUAAUAAAACAAUUAUGUCAAUUCAAUUUAAUAAAAGAAUUAAAAAUGAUAAUGAAAUUACUGAAUUUCAUUCAUCUAUUAAAAACAAUAAUAAUAAUAAUGAUCAUCAAUAUCAGAAAAAAUCAAGAAAAUUUAAUAAUGUGUCGUCCUCGCGUCAAAAUCAAAAUAAUUUAUUUAAUAUAAAUAAUAAUAAUAAUAAUAAUUAUUAUAUAGAUAAUUAUAAAAAAAUUUAUUUAAAUCAUAAAAAAUUUCGGACUAAUAUUGAUAAAAAUAAUAUUAUUAAUAAUUAUGAUAAGAAUAAUAAAAAUUUUUUACAUAAUUUAAAUAUUUUUAAUAAAAAUAAAAAUUACAAUUUAAAUAUUCAUAAUAAUUUUUUAAUGUAUUUUUAUAUUGUAAUAUUUUUAUGUGGUUAUCAUUUAAGUAGUGUUAAUUGUCAAAUUACAAAUGAAAAUUUAAAUUUUAUUCAAAAUAAUAAUAAUAAUGAAAAUAAUAAUAAUUUUCAACAAAAACAACAACAACAACAGCAAAUAAUAGAUAAACAACAACAAGAAAAACAUAAAGAUCAUCAAAUAAAACAAAAUGAACAUCAAUAUAAUAAUAAUGAAAAUGAAAAUCAUUAUGAUUAUAAUGAAACACUAAAUGAUAAUAUAAAAUUAUUAUUAGUUGAAAAUAAUAAUAACACUAAUGUAAAUAAUAAUAUUAAUAAUAAAAUUGUUAAUACUAAUAAUGAAAAUAAAUUUGUAAAUAAUUCUAAUAAUAAUAAUAAUAAUAAUUCAAUUAUUAAUGAAACAAAAUCAAAUAACAACGAAUUAAAUGAUAUUGAAUUUGCUGAAGUUGAAGUUAUUAAAAUUGGUCAUAUUAUUAAUAAUAAUAAUAAUAAUAAUUUUAAUAAAACAAAAAUAAUUAAAGAAAAUAAUAUAAAAAUAAAUAAUAAUAAUGAUAAUGAUCAUGGUUUAAAUGAAUAUAAUAAUGAUAUUAAUAUUAAUAAUUAUAAUAUAAAUGAUAAUAUAACAGAUAUUGAAAAUUUUUUAUAUAAAAAUUAUCAUAAUGGUUUUGGUUUUAAUCAUGAUAUACCAAAAUUAAAACCAAUUUAUAUGAAUGAAUUUGCUGUAUAUGUUCCUUCUGGUAAAUUAUCAGCUGAUACAAUUGCAAAUAAAUAUGGAUUUGUUAAUAUGGGACAGAUUGGCAGCCUUAAGCAUUAUUACUUGUUCCAUCAUAGACAUAUAUCGAAACGAUCAACACGUCAAAGUAGUUCACACCAUAACGCUUUAAAUGCUGAACCAGAGGUACGAUGGAUGCAACAGCAACAUGAAAAAAUACGUAAAAAGCGUGAUUAUACAACGGAUAUAAAAUUUUCCGGUUUUAGUCCUUUAAGAUUACCAUCAUUAGCUGGUGGUAGUAGUACUGCCGGUGGUGGUAGUUUAUUAUAUAAAAGUGCUAUUGUUAGUCCACUAACGGGUAAUCCAAGUGGAUUGGGUUAUAGUAGUAGAGCUGCAUCAAGUACUGGUACUGGUAGCAGUGGUAUUGGUUUUACUGGUUAUGAUGGAAGUAGCAGUGGUAUAAGUAGUACUGGAUCUGGAUCAAGCGUUAGUUUAUUACGUGGUAUUGCACCACAGAGUCGUUUACAAUAUCGUGCAACUAGUCCCCAUAAUAUAUUUCCGGAUCCGUUAUUCAAAGAGCAGUGGUAUUUGGUGAGUUUUAGAAAUGGUGGCGCCAAAGAUGGUCUAGAUAUGAAUGUUGAACCAGCUUGGCAAAAAGGCUAUACUGGAAAAGGAGUUGUUGUUUCAAUACUUGAUGAUGGCAUCCAAACAAAUCAUCCUGACCUUGCUCAGAACUAUGACUCUGAAGCUUCCUAUGAUAUUAAUGGAAAUGAUUCAGAUCCAAUGCCACAGGAUAAUGGUGACAAUAAACAUGGAACCAGAUGUGCCGGUGAAGUAGCCGCCGUUGCUUUUAAUAAUUAUUGUGGUGUGGGAGUUGCUUAUAAUGCUAGUAUUGGAGGCGUUCGUAUGUUAGAUGGAAGUGUUAAUGAUGCGGUUGAAGCAAAAGCAUUAAGCUUAAAUCCACAACAUAUCGAUAUAUAUAGUGCCUCAUGGGGACCAGAAGAUGAUGGUUCUACUGUUGAUGGACCAGGACCAUUAGCACGUCGUGCAUUUAUUUAUGGUGUAACUAGUGGUCGUCAAGGGAAAGGUUCAAUAUUUGUAUGGGCAUCUGGUAAUGGUGGACGUUAUACUGAUUCAUGUAAUUGUGAUGGUUAUACAAAUUCAAUAUUUACAUUAUCUAUUUCAAGUGCCACACAAGGAGGCUUUAAGCCUUGGUAUUUAGAGGAAUGCUCAUCAACAUUAGCCACAACAUAUAGUUCUGGUACACCUGGUCAUGAUAAAUCUGUAGCCACAGUUGAUAUGGAUGGACGUUUACGGCCUGAUCAUAUUUGUACUGUUGAACAUACUGGUACAUCAGCAUCAGCACCAUUAGCUGCUGGUAUUGCUGCAUUAGCACUUGAAGCAAAUCCAACAUUAACAUGGCGUGAUAUGCAAUAUUUAGUUGUAAUGACAUCAAGACCAGAACCAUUAGAAAAAGAAAGUGGUUGGAUAUUAAAUGGUGUUAAACGAAAAUUCAGUCAUAAAUUUGGUUAUGGUUUAAUGGAUGCUGGUGCAAUGGUUAGUUUAGCUGAACAAUGGACAACAGUGCCAUCACAACAUAUUUGUAAAUCACGUGAAAAUAAUGAAGAUAGACAAAUAGAUGGUUCAUAUGGAUUUACAUUAUCAACACAUAUGGAUGUAAAUGGUUGUGCCGGAACAAUAAAUGAAGUACGAUAUUUGGAGCAUGUUCAAUGUAAAAUAACAUUAAGAUUUUUCCCAAGAGGAAAUUUAAGAAUAUUAUUAACAUCACCAAUGGGUACAACAAGUACAUUAUUAUUUGAAAGGCCACGUGAUAUUGUUAAAUCAAAUUUCGAUGAUUGGCCAUUUUUAAGUGUACAUUUUUGGGGUGAAAAAGCUGAAGGUAGAUGGACAUUACAAGUAAUUAAUGGUGGUCGUAGACGUGUUAAUCAACCUGGAAUAUUAUCAAAAUGGCAGUUAAUAUUUUAUGGUACAUCAACAAAUCCAGUACGUUUAAAAGGUGAUGGAACUGAGUCAUCAUCAUCAUUUCGUCGACAUCAAGGUGUAAAUCCAUUUGUAUAUCCAACUGAUUCUGAUUUAAGGCAACCAUAUAAUACUGAUCCAUAUUCGGGUUAUUUAAAUUAUCAAAAUUUAUUUACCGGAGCAGCUAGUAAUCCAGAAAAAUCUGUAGCAACGGUUGAUGGUCAUAAUAUACCAACACCACAAAGACAAACAGUAAUGGCUGAUUCAAAUAAUAAAUUGGUAUUGCAUGAUUGUGACCCAGAAUGUGAUUCACAAGGAUGUUAUGGUCGUGGACCAACACAAUGUGUUGCUUGUAAACAUUAUCGAUUAGACAAUACUUGCGUCAGUCGUUGCCCACCAAGAAGUUUUCCUAAUCAAGGUGGUGUUUGUUGGCCAUGUCAUGAAUCUUGUGAAACAUGUGCUGGCGCUGGGCAAGAUAGUUGUUUAACAUGUGCCCCAGCACAUUUACAUGUAACAGAUUUAGCUGUAUGCCUUCAAGUAUGUCCGGAUGGUUAUUAUGAAAAUACAGAAAACAAAACUUGUGUACCAUGUGAAUCAAAUUGUGCUUCUUGUCAAGAACGACCAAAUUAUUGUAUGAGUUGUGAUCAUCAUUUGGUUAUGCAUGAACACAAAUGUUAUUCAGCAUGUCCAGUUCACACUUUUGAAACAGAAGAUUACAAUUGUGCAUCAUGUCAUCCAUCUUGUGAAACAUGUAAUGGUUCAUCUGAAUCACAAUGUAUUACAUGUCGUAGUGGACGUUUUGCAUUUGAUGGAAAAUGUUUAAAUAAAUGUCCAGAUAGUUAUUAUGGUGAUAAAAAACGUCAAGAAUGUAUGGAAUGUCCAAGAGGUUGUGCAACAUGUAUAUCAACUGGUAUAUGUUUAACAUGUCAGGAAAAUUGGAAUAUAACAAAAAAAGGAAAAUGUAUUGCGAAUCGUGAAGGAAAAUGCGAUGAUUCUGAAUAUUAUGCCAAUGGUAUAUGUCAUCCUUGUCAUUCAACAUGUGAAACAUGCGAUGCUCCAACAGAACGUAAUUGUUUAACGUGUCAACCAAGUUUAUUAUUGCAAUCUAAUCGAUGUGUCAGCACCUGUGAUGAUGGUUAUUACAUGGAAUCUGGUGUUUGUACCAAAUGUUUACAUACAUGUACACAAUGCGUAUCACGUAUGAAUUGUACUGCAUGUGCUAAAGGGCUACAAUUACAAAGUGGCGAAUGUCGUACAACUUGUGCAGAAGGAUAUUACAGUGAUCGCGGUACAUGUGCUAAAUGUUAUUUAAGUUGUAAUACAUGUAGUGGACCACGUCGUGACCAAUGUGUUACAUGUCCAGAAGGUUGGCAAUUAGCUGGCGGUGAAUGUCAUCCUGAAUGUCCUGAAGGUUUUUAUAAAUCUGAAUAUGGUUGUCAAAAAUGUCAUCAUUAUUGUAAAACAUGUUACGGUGCUGGUCCAUUAGCAUGUACAUCAUGUCCAUUACAUUUUAUGUUAGAUGGUGGUUUAUGUAUGGAAUGUCUUGGUUCACAAUAUUAUGAUCCACCAACACAAACAUGUAAAACAUGUCAUGAAUCAUGUCGUACAUGUUCUGGUCCUGGUCAAUAUUCAUGUCAAAAUUGUGCAUUCCCAUUACAUUUGGAUCGUUUAAAUAACCAAUGUGUGCCUUGUUGUGCAACGGAUGCAUCACCGGAUGAUCAAUCAUGUUGCCAUUGUGACAAAGAUACAGGUGGUUGUAUUAAUGCUUCACCAGCCGGAAAAAGAAGAAUUGCUGCUGGUGCUGAACAACAAUUUUUAUCAACAGGUGGGUUAGAUGAUAGCAACAAUGGUAUUUUUAGUGAUUCUAAUAAUGGUGGUGGUAGCGGUGGUAGUGAUGGAAAUAAUUUCCUAUCACGUUUUGGUUCACCAUUUACUGCUAUAACUGCUAUUGCGGUUGCUGCCUGUCUUUUAAUUGUUACAAUAUUUGCUGUCAUCUUUGCUGUUUUACAGCGUAACAGUUAUGCAAAUGGUGGAUAUUUUCGAAAUAAUCUAGAUGGUUCUAGUCCAAUUUAUAUGGGUGUCAGAUAUAAUAAAUUAACAGAAAAAUCUAAAAAUUCUCAUACAAUUAUACCUGAUGAUGAUGAUGAUUUUGAUUGUGAUGGUGAUGAAGAUGAAAAAGGAUAUUUAUUACAAGAGACAGAUGAUAAUAUACAACCAUUACAACAAUCAUCUUUAUCUUCUUCUAUUGCAUCAACAGUAGCAGCAUCAACAGCAGCACCAUCAACAUCAUUAAAAGGAACAAAAUCUACAAUAUUAUGUACAGCAGCUGCACAAAAAUUAAAAUUGAAAUUAAAUGAUUCUAUAGUAGCAGCAAAUACAAGUACAAAUAAUACAGGAGUAAAUUUUAAUGGUAAUGAUUGCAGUAAUAUAACAACUACAAAUAAAAAAGUCAACAACGCCUUUAAUGAUUAUUAUUAUGACCCAUCAGUAGAAGAAAUUGAAAAAAAUUGUCAUUAUGCAAAUACUAACAAUAAUAUUGAAGAUUUCAAUAAUGAUGAUGAUUGUGAUAAUAAUGAUAAUGAUGCCGAUGAUAAUGAUAAUUAUAAUGGAGUAACAUCAACAACAACAACAACAAAAACAACAACAGAAACUAAAACAGCAACAACAAUUAAUAAUGAUGAUUUUUUAAAUUAUGAAAAUUUUAAUAAUAAUAAACCAAAUCAAAAUAUUAAUGAAGAUUUAUUAAAUGCAUCAACACAAUUUAUUAAUAAUAAAAUUGAUGAACUUGAACCAAUUAUUAAAAUUUCACAAUCAACACCAUUUACAACAACGUUAUCUAGAAAUAAUAAUGAUGAUAACAACAGAAUUAUUAAUAACAGUAACAGUAACAGUAACAGUAUAAAUUCAUCAUCGUCAAAUAUUCGUAAUCAAAUAAUUGAUAAUGAUAAUAUGGAAAAUCAUUUAUCAUUAAUUAAUCAAAAUAGUAGAGGCAACGGUAUGGGUGGUCAUCAUCAUCAUAGUCGUUCUAAAUCAAUUUUAGGCAAUGAAUUAAAUUUUAAUGUAAGAAUAUAAAACAAUACAAAAAAAAAAAAAUGUUAUCCUUUUCUUUUUUUUAUAAAAAACCAUAAAAAAUUUUUUCAAGAAACUUUUAGUUUAAUAAUGGUUUUAUAAUAUUCUUAAAUUUUACUAUCAUAGAAAUUUAUGAAUAAAUUUUACUAUCAUAGAAGCGUGUGAAUGUUGAAAUUAAGAUGUUAAAAUAAUCUGUAACUUCAAAAUUUGGAAUAAAUAUUGUUACUGCUACAAAAUACAGCAAUUGCAAGUCAUAAACAGUUGAUUAUUACUGUUAUUGUUACAUUUGCUCAACUAUCAUUACUACACAAUUACAUGGAAUUUAAUAACACUACAAUUGCUACACAAUUCCACUUCAUAUGAGUUCUAAUUUGUAGAAUGAUGAAUUUUGUAGUACAAUAUCGGUAUUAAACUACAAUUUUGAAGUUGGAGAGAGUUUAUUUCGUACUCAUAUUAAUUUUUAUUUGUUUUUGUUUUGAAAUUUUUUAUUUAAAUAAAAAAAUAAUUUUUUUUUAUUCUCUCAAAAUUAUUUUAAAUUGUUUUGUAUUGUUUUCUUUUUUUUUUUGUUUAGAGAGUUUAAAAGUUUUACAUGAUUUUAUUCAACUAAAUAUGCAUAUAACAAAUACACAUAGUAUGUAUAUGUUAGUAUGUAUAUAUAAGUACUCAUUAUAUAUGUAUAUUAUGUUUUGAAAUUAAUAUUUUUUUGUAAAUUUUAAGUUUUAAUAAGUAGAAAGAGAAGAAGAAGAAAAAAAACAAUACAUUUAUAUUUUUUUAUUUACUUUUAUAUUUUUAUAUAUAAUAUUAUUGUAUUAGUUCUGCACACACUGUUGUACAUGUAUUGAAAAUAUUAUUCUAAAAAAAAAAAAAAAUAAUUUUUUUUUUCAACAAAAUUUAGUUAUUUUUCA